CAUUUUUAUGAUCAUCUGUUUUUUCCCUUUUAAAAUCAAGCAAAAUGAAGCAUUUUAAUAUUAUUUUACUGUCUCUGCUGAGCCAUUUGUCAUUGUUUACUGACCUUUCCAAUAUGGCGUCACUCUUUACAUAUCUUGGCUAAUAGUAAGUGGUUAGCAUGGCAUUUCUAGCAAUCUAAAUGUAUUUACUUAAAUGCAUUAAAUAAUUAUAUAUACAAUAAUUAAAUAAUGAUUUAUAUUAAAUUAAAUAUACCUGACUGCAGACAACAAGGUGGCGUCCUGACAUCAUUUGCCAGAAUCAGAAGUCCUGAAACCGGAAGUUUACGAUAAUACUCUUUUUCUGGUGGAAUAGGAGGUGCCACGCUAGUCAUUGUUGAUGAAAGCCACCCGUUUAUCAUUCAUUUACCAAUAACGUUUUAAAAUAGGCGUAUUUUGGCGCCGCUACGGACAUAACAUAAGAAACAGUUCACAUUCCAGACCAGGUGGUGGCGAUAAAGCGCCACGAAGUUGUUCGUCGACACCCACUAAACCACAGAAGAAGAACAGGCGAAGGCGCUAGCUUGUGGCUAGUGGGCGGUGUUGUUGUUUUUUUUGUUCGGACGUUUGCGAGGUUUGUGGACAGAAAGGUCGAUACGUGGUUCGGUUCCGAACAAUCCCCUUUAGCUAAAGUGUCGUAAAUGAGUGAAUGCGUGUUGAACGUAAAGAAAACGUGGCUGUGAUUGUGAGACUAGCAGAUGAUCGGAGCUGCUGCUGUUCAGAGGACUUUGGUGUUUGUUGGAGCUGAAGAUCUUCUGCAGCUGCAGGAACCAUGUCUUCAGAACCUCAGGAAGAUUCUGACAGAGAACAACUUUCUGCUGCUGAAGGAACCAUCGUCCAGAACCAGGAGGAGCUCUGUGGUCAGCGCAGGCCGCUGGAUGUCAUCUGGAAACCGCAGCUUCAGCUCCGCGUCGUAGUCCUCCCCCAGGAUUGGGCGACUGAGGAGGAUUUCUGCAACCAGUCGAGGAACUUUAGUGUGGAGCAGGAGGAUCCAGAACUUUCACAGACCACUGAGGAACUUAAAGAACCAGAACUUCUACAGAUUAAAAAGGAGCAGGAGGAAGAAGAAGAACCUCCACAGAUCAAAGAGGAGCUGGAGGAACAUGAACCUCUACAGAUUAAAGAGGAGCAAGAGGGACUUUGUUUCAAUCAGGAUGAAGAUCAGUUUGAUCUGAAGCAGGAGACUGAGACAUUGAUGGAGAUUCCUACUUAUGAGGAACAUGAGUACAAUGAAGCAGAUCUAAACUAUCAGCAGAGCUUUAAUGUAACUGAUAGUCAGGAUGAAGAAAGAAACUAUUAUGAAGAAUCAUCAUCAACUACAGAUGGAGAGACAGACCCAGAAAGCAGCUCUCUCCCCCCAGAAAGUCAGUGUUACUCUGAUGUUAAAAGAAACUUCAAGAAUAAAACUUUGGUUAAGAAAUGCAAACAAUCCCUUAAAGAAAGGAGAAUUUCCUCUAUUAAGUCCGAUAAAAUACCAGAAAUUGCACACAAUGUCUCGGUCCUCAUGAACACUGAAUCUGAUGAAGGACUUUAUAUCUGUGAAGAAUGUGGUAAAAGUUUCGGUGACUGGUCUCAGCUCGGAGUUCACAUGAUAACUCAUACAGGGGAGAAGCUUUUUUCUUGUAAAGAAUGUGAUACGAGAUUCAGUCGUAAAUCCAAUCUGAAGAAACACAUGACAACUCACACAGGAGAGAAGCCCUUUUCAUGUAAAGAGUGUAAUACAAGUUUUAUUCAAAGAUUUGAUCUCAAAAGACACAUGAGGACUCACACAGGAGAAAAGCCUUUUUCUUGCAAAGAAUGUAAUAAAAGUUUUAGUCAGAUAUCGCAUCUCAAAACACACAUGAGAACUCACACAGGAGAAAAGCCCUUUACUUGUACAGAAUGUGACAAAAGUUUUAGUAUUGAAUGUAAUCUCAAAACACACAUGAAAAUCCACACAGGAGAAAAGCCCUUUACUUGUACAGAAUGUGAUAAAAGUUUUAGUCGUGUAUCUCAUCUCCAAGCACACAUGAGAACUCACACAGGAGAAAAGCCUUUUUCAUGCAAAUUAUGCGAUAAAACGUUUAGUCACGUAUGUAAUCUCAAAACACACAUGAAAACUCACACAGGGGAGAAACAUUUCUCUGGUAAACAAUGUGAUACAAGUUUUAGUCAAAUAUCUCAAAAGUCAGAUGAGAAGCAGCAAAGACCUGAAGUCAGCUAUCAAAACAAUCUGAACUUAUAUUACACGUAUACAGAGACACAGGCUGAUGGCCUCCAUACCACAGGACAUUGAUAUAGUUAUUCAAUUAGGAGACACAAGUAUUGAAUGCAAAGUAAAGGUGCAGUUUUCUGAACUCUGACAUGUGCUGAAAACGUCCUUUUGAUUGUUUUCAUAUGAUAUUCAAAUUUUCCCAGACAAUGUUUUAGGUUUUCAUUAUCAUAAGCCACAAUAUCCAAAAAACUAAAUAAAAUAGGGAUUGAUACAUGUUAAUCUAUGUGUAAAGAUACUGUACAAUAUGACUUUCACCUCACAGAAAAUUCUUUACUUUUUCACUAAUUUAUUUUAGGUGUAUCUAUGAAUAGAAAUUUGUUGUUUUGAAAUGCAGGUUAAAUAUUUAUCUCUUCAACAGCUUUUACCAGAUUAAAUGUUUCAUUACUUCUUUUACUGGUGUUUUUUGUUAAAUUUGUUUUUAAUUUUGUGGGUUGAUUUACAUUUCUAGAUAUUUUAAUAUUAUAUUUUGGUUUGGAGUUGAUCAUGGUGGUUGAAACUUAUGCUGAGACAAAAUCUAUGUUGUCUUAAGUCUGUGACAACACUAGAAAUAUUUUGAAUACUUCUUUAAUCCUAAAAAUACCGUGAGAUCAGUAAACAUUUUUGAUAUUGACAAAAAAAAUGCCAACUGCAAUUAUUUAUUUUUUGUUGUUUGAGAAAGUAACUGCCUUGUGAAGAAACAUUUUCCCAGAAAUGCAGUAAGGUAGAGGCAGAUAAAGGAAAAUAAAAAGCAUUUUUGUCUUGUG